AUGGCUUCCGGCACGAGCCUGCAUCGCAUAUUUGAAAACCCGUUGCCUGAAAACCCAACGCUUAUGCAAUCCCUUUCGUUGAACCAAAUUAGAACCAUCAGACCCACUGACGAUUCCUCCUUUACGGAGUUAUUUGGUGAACUCCAUUUCAAGGAGAGUCCUCAACCCUCCUCUUCAUCUCCCUUUCUUCCAACUUCACCAUCAUUAGACCUUGGCUCUGACAUAAACCAAACCUCUGUUGCAAGCACCCCAGAGGAUCUUGAUUUCGAGAAUCCAUUGCCACAAAGCCCAACUCUGCUUGAAUCCCUCUCGUUCAAUAAAAUUAGAUCCGCCAGACCCGUUGACGGAUCUUCGAUUACUGAAUUAUUUGGUGAACUCCAUUUCAAUGAAAGUCCUACACAAUCCCCUUCUUCCUCUGACCCUGUUUCUACUUCACCAUCAACAGGCCUUCAAAAGCCUGAUCAUAAAGAUGUUCUCAACUCAAAACAGAGCACACCGGAAUCAAAACAUAUCAUACGUCACAAGAGUAGCGAUAGUUUUUCAUCUUUUAAUUCUGAUAGUCUGCAUUUUUGCACAGAGGGCCUCGGUUUUGAGAGCUCAGACGAUACGGAAGAGUUGAAAGCAGGAAUGGAUGAGUGUUGUUGGGAAACUCAAAGCGAGAAAGUGGGUAUCAAGAAGAAUAAUUUCGCUCCAGAAGAUUCAUAUGGAGAGUGCAGAAAGUCAAGGAUCAGGGGGCUGGAGUUCCCUCCUCCUAUUUCAUGCAUAGGGAGCACUGGGAAGCCUUGGGUUUGGUUCAAGUCUUACAGGGACAAAGGUAGAUUUGUUUUGAAAGAAAUAAGAAUACCCACACGGGAGUUUCUUUACGCUAAUAGAGAAGAUGGAAGGCUGAAGCUGCGCUUUGUGCUGCCGGAUGAUGAGUUUCUGGAAGAACAGAAUGAGGAAGAGAGGAUGAUGAUGAUGCAGAAAGUAGAGACGAGGAAGAAAAAGAUGAUGAUAUAGCAAGUAUAGAUGAGGAUGAAGAGAACACGGAAAAAGAAAAACUUUGAUUGUGUAGGAGAUCAGGGUAACGAAGUAUGAGGGAUUGAUGCGGGAGCCAAUUCAUGAAACGUAGGAAGGCUAAAAUAAAAUCUAC